CCGACCGAGAGCCUUCCUCGCAAACCUAGCAAAGAAAAAAGAUUUUAAAAAAAAAAAAAAGAAAAAGAAAAGAAGAAAAAGACGGCAUCAGCCAUUCAUAAAAGGGUAAGCAAGACACGGCAAAUCCUUUCUGCAUUCCCCUCUCUUCACAUCUACAGUAUCUUCUCUCUCCUUCUUCGAAUAAACUCAGGAGAAGAAACAUCAGAGCCAUCCAUCGAUCGCUACAUCGAAUCCGUCCGUUCUUUGACCGACGCCAUGGCGUCCAUCGCCGAGCGGCAAGAGCUCGCCAAGCUCUGCACUUCUCGGGACUGGUCCAAGGCCAUCCGCAUCCUCGACUCUCUCCUUUCUCAAUCUUGCUCGAUUCAAGAUAUCUGCAAUCGAGCCUUCUGCUAUAGCCAGCUGGAGCUACACAAACACGUGAUCAAGGACUGCGACAAGGCGCUACAGAUGGACCCCACCCUUCUCCAAGCUUACAUCCUCAAAGGUCGCUCGCUGUCAGCUUUGGGGAAGAAAGAUGAUGCACUUCUUGUAUGGGAGCAGGGUUAUGGAAAUGCUGUGCGUCAAUCAGCAGAUUUGAAGCAAUUGCUGGAGCUGGAAGAGCUACUGGCUGGUGCUAAACAGAACAAAACUAUUAUUUGUGAUGACCAUGCCAUGGAGUCCUCGAGCAUAACUACAUCUGCUUCUGAUUCCGGGUCUGAAAUUCACAGUAAAUCAAUUAAUGGGCAUGAAAUCCGCCGCAAAUCAAGGGAUGACCUUGCUAUGGAGUCCUCGAGCAUAACUACAUCUGCUUCUGAUUCUGGGUCUGAAGUUCACAGGAAAUCAACUGAUAGACGUGAAAUCCGGAGCAAAUCAAGGGAUACAGCUGAAAUACGCAACAAAUCAAGUAAUGGAGCUAUAAUAAAUAAAAAGGUUUUUGUUACAAGUACUUCAAAGACCAAGUCAAUAAGCUUGGAUUUCCGAUUAUCACGAGGAAUAGCACAGGUAAACGAUGGAAGAUAUGAUCACGCGAUCUCAAUCUUUGACCAGAUUUUAAGAGAAAACCCUACGUCUCCUGAGGCAUUGAUUGGAAGGGGAACAGCAUAUGCAUUUCAAAGAGAACUUGAUGCUGCUAUUGCUGACUUCACUAAGGCUAUAGAAUCAAACCCAUUAGCUGGAGAGGCAUGGAAGCGACGAGGUCAAGCCCGUGCUGCCUUGGGAGAAUCUGUAGAGGCUAUUGAGGACUUGGCAAAGGCAUUGGAGUUCGAGCCAAAUUCAUCUGACAUCUUACAUGAAAGGGGAAUUGUUAAUUUCAAGUUUAAAGAUUACACCGCUGCUGUAGAAGACCUGUCAUCAUGUGUGAUGCUUGAUAGGGAUAACAAAUCUGCAUACACAUACUUAGGUUUGGCACUGUCAUCAAUUGGUGAGUAUAAAAGAGCUGAAGAAGCACAUAUGAAAUCAAUACGACUUGAUCCCAAUUUCCUUGAGGGAUGGACCCAUCUAGCACAGUUUUACCAAGAUUUGGCAAAUACAGCGAAGGCCUUGGAGUGCCUUCAACAAGUCCUACUCAUUGAUGAAAGGUGUGCUAAGGCUUAUCACUUGCGUGGGCUACUUCACCAUGGGAUGGGAAAGCAUAGGGAUGCUAUCAAGGAUUUAUCUGUUGGGCUGGGUGUUGAGUCCUCAAAUAUUGAAUGUUUGUACCUGCGCGCUUCUUGCUACCAUGCAAUUGGAGAAUAUGGAGAGGCGGUCAAGGACUAUGAUGCUCUUUUGGAUUUGGAGCUAGAUUCUAUGGAAAAGUUUGUGCUCCAGUGCUUGGGCUUUUAUCAGAAGGAAAUUGCUUUGUACACUGCUUCAAAGAUUAAUAGCGAGUUUUGUUGGUUUGAUCUUGAUGGCGAUAUUGAUCCCCUGUUUAAGGAAUACUGGUGCAAACGGUUACACCCAAAAUAUGUCUGUGAAAAGGUUUACAGGCAACCUCCUCUAAGAGAAUCUCUGAAAAAGGGUCGGCUCAGAAAGCAAGAUGUUAUUGUCACAAAACAGAAGGCUACUCUUCUACAGGCUGCAGACCUCAUUGGCAAGAAGAUUCAAUAUAAUUGCAAAGGUUUCAUGCCUAAUAGGCGUCAGCACCGUAUGGCAGGAUUAGCUGCUAUUGAGAUUGCCCAAAAAGUUUCAAAGGCUUGGCGUGCUCUCCAAUUAGAUUGGAAAAUUUCAAGUAAAAAUGCAACGAAAACUGGUAAGAAAGCCAGGAAAAAAGAAAAACUCAGUGUGCAAAGUCAUAAUAGGGGUGGUGCUUGUUGUAGCACUAGCAGUUCCUCGGAGCCAUCAACUUCAUACAACUCCAGUGAAGAUAAAUCAGCUUCAAGCCGUUUUAUGUUGUCUUGGCGAGAGGUUUAUUCUUUGGCUGUAAAAUGGAGGCAGAUCUCAGAACCUUGUGAUUCAGUUGUUUGGAUUAACAAGCUGAGCGAAGAGUUCAAUUCUGGUUUUGGAUCUCACACACCAAUGGUUCUUGGACAAGCGAAUGUUGUACGAUACUUCCCGAAUUAUCAAAGGACCUUAAGUGUUGCGAAGACCAUUAUCGGAGAAAGGAUGUAUGUCAAUAAAGCGAAAGGUGGCAUUACUUUUUUAUCUGAAGAUGGGAAAUUGCAAAAUAUAAUGCGUGCAGAGUCCUGCUCUGAUCUCCAUAGUGGUGUUGGUGAGGACUUCUGGGUAGCCACUACAUGCAACAGUACAGCAUUUGAGGGGAAGCAUCUAGAAGGGACACGAAUCACUGUCCAGAAAACGGCUGAGAGGGGUUUUGAUUUUGCAAUUAGAACACCUUGUACACCUUCCAGAUGGGAUGAUUAUGAUGCAGAAAUGACAAUUGCAUGGGAGGCCCUAUGCAAUGCUUAUUGUGGUGAAGUAUACGGGUCAACGGAUCUCAAUGUGCUUGAGAGUGUGCGGGAUGCAAUUCUGAGAAUGGCGUAUUACUGGUACAAUUUUAUGCCACUUUCAAGAGGGUCUGCAGCUGUUGGAUAUGUGGUGUUGCUUGGGUUGUUUCUUGCAGCUAAUAUGGAGGUCACUGAGAGCAUCCCGAAAGGUGUUCAAGUGGACUGGGAAGCCAUUCUGUCCCCCGAUCCCAGCGUGUUUGUGGACUCAAUAAAGUCUUGGUUGUAUCCAUCUCUCAAGAUCAAGACAUUGUGGAAAGACUAUCCAGAUGUUGCUUCAACUUUCGCCACGACUGCAUCCAUUGUUUCUGCUUUAAGCACUUACAAUGAUUGAUCCACGGCUUCAUUCAUGUUAGAUGUUAUUAGAGGAAAUGUAAUUGGAUGGUGUGGUUCUGAUUGGAAUCAUCUUUGUGGACUACUAGGAGAGCAAAGCAUGCUGGGUGGUGGCUGCAGAGAAGUGAAUUAUUGUGAAGCCCUCUUGUAUGAGGUGUGCUUAGAAAGGAGCGUUUUUUUAACAACUGUUACAAGUAUAUAAUAGGGUGCUUUCAGGUAUUCUCUAAUAUGGCCUUUGCUUUUUCGUUUUU